AUGGACACACGUCUGCUCAUCCUCUUCCUCUAUGCAAUUGUUGAAGUCACAGCUCGAGGAGCAAAACCAAACAUUAGUCUUAUUAAAUCAGAGGAGGAGGUUCAUGUGACCUGCACACUGCCUUCUUCAUUUUCAUCUGAGUCCAAAUGUCACCUGUAUUUUGGAGAAUCCACACAGUCGUAUUCAACCAAAACAUCACGGUCCGGGAACGUCCAGAGUAAAGUCCUCAGCUGUGGCUCCUCUCAGGAUCCUCGCAGUGAACCGUACGACUUGGCUGGAUUCAUGAAAAAAUAUUUCCCACUUCAAAAUGACACCACAGGAGCUCCAUCUGUGAAGACCCCAGACUCAGUGAAGACCCCAGACUCAGUGAAGACCACAGACUCAGUGAAGACCACAGACUCAGUGAAGACCCCAGACCUGCAGCAUGAAGCAGGAAGUGAUGCAGAGAUCCUCAAACCUGGUGAAUGGUACCCACCUGGCUCCUGGCUCCUGGUCCUGCUGGUGUCCUGUGGUCUGGUGACGGGCUGCGUCCUGACAGUUCUGGGGUUUUUCUGCUCAAGUAGAAUAAAAGGCAAACGUGACGUCUCUGUCUCACAAGACACUGGUCCAGAUUUGGAGCUCCAUAGUGAUGGAUAUGAGGAACCAGACGCUUCAGGAAUAUACACAGCUUUGAAUCAAAGAAGUGUGUAUGAAACAAUCCCUGAGAAGCCGACUACAACCUUCACAAAGGACAUCAACACAAGAACUGUUUGA